AUGGCUCCUAAAUUACUUCCAAAUGAAUUUGAAUUAAUGCUAAUUGCAAUUAAACAAAAUAAUGAAGAUGAAGGGUGUGGGUAUUAUAUACAAACACACAUGGAAGAAACAAGUUUAAAAGCAAGUCAAUUAUCAUGUGUUUAUAAAGUAUUUCAUGAAGAAUUUAGUAUUAAUUUGAAAGACCAUAUUACUGAAAUUGAAAAAGAUAGAAGUCAAUAUGAAGAAAUUAUUGAAGAGAAAGAACAAAAGAUAAAAGAAUUGGAAGAAGAAAUUGAUAUUGCUUUGAAUCAUAAUUAUGAUAUGGAUCAAAAAUUGCAAGAACAAGAAGAAAUACUUGAACAAUAUCAAAGCUACUGUUUUGAUGAAGAAGGAAAUCAAAAAGAAUUUAAGACAAGAGAAAGUGAAAUGUUUAAAAUGAAUACCAUUGAGUCACUUAAUAAUCAAGUUUCUCAAUUACAAAGAACUAUUGAAGAAAAAGAAAUAGAAAUAGUAAAAUUAAAGAACCAAAUACAAAAUAAAGAAGAAAAAUUAGAAUCUCAAUCAGAUAAUAAUAUAAAUAACUUCACCAUUAAAAAUUUAAAGACAAGAAUUGAAGAGUUAGAGAAACAAUGUAAUUUAUAUGAAAAACAAAUAAAUGAAUUUAAUGAAAAAUUCAAAGAAAGUUCAUUAAUUCUUGAUAAAAAAGAAAAUGAAUUAAUAGAAAAAGAAAUUGAAUUAGAAACAAAAUUAAGAGAAAUUGAAUUAAAAGAUAUGAAAAUAGGAGAUUUAGAAACAAAAUUAAAUGAAAAAAUUGAAGAAGAACAAAAUAAUACUACAUUACAAGUUUUGAUUGAAGAAAUGCAUUUAGAAAUACAAGAAAAAGAACAAUAUAUAAAUAUAUUAAAAGAAAAUAUAAAUAAAGAACAAGAAGAAAUUUUACAAUUAAAAGAAGAACUUGUUACAAAAGAUAAUGAACUACAAUCAGUUAUGGAAGAAUUAAAUAAACAAAGACUUUCAUUAGAAUCAAAAAUAAAUGAUGCAAUUAAUAAAGAACAUCAAAAAAAUGAAAAAAUACAAACUGAAACAGACGAACAAAUUUCUUCUGAAAAAUUCAUUCCAACAAACAUUGUUUCAAAAGAUGAGAACAUAAUAAUAACACCAAAGAUAUCUCUCAGAGACAAAAUAAAAAAAUUCGAACAACCACUUGACAAUGAAUCUUCUCCAAGAAAAACAGAAGUAAAAAUUCAAAAUUCAAAAAAACCUUCAUUCAUUUCAACACCAAAAUCACUCCCUAGCUAUACUCAAUACCAACAAACACAACCAAGAAGAUUAUCAAAUAUGAGUGUAAGAGACAAAAUUGCAUUGUUUAAUCAAAAAUAA